AUGGCUGACUUCUCCCGAUACACCGGUCCUAGUGAGGAGUGGCUGGCGUUGGAAGCAACCCUGCCAGCGCUUCCGGAUUUCGCCUCCUUGGAAGCUCUGAAAGCCGAAGCCAAUGCGGGGCGUGAAGCCAUCGCUACGAAGGCCCUGGUUGCGGAGGGUCUCCAAUCGCAGGUCUCCUUCCGAGACUAUUCCAUCCCUGCUCGCGACGGGGCAACUCUCGAGGCCAGAACAUAUCGUCCAGCCUCUCUGCCUUCCUCGCAGCCUCUUCCUGUGUAUAUACACCUGCACGGCGGUGGCUUUCUUCUAGGAACUCUUGCAUCGGAAGAUGCAAUUUGUUCGCGUAUUGUCGUCGGCCUGGUCGCUGAAUCAACCCCGGUGGUCGUAAUCAACGUCAACUACCGGCACACCCCGGAGCACAAAUACCCGACUGCGUGGAACGACGUCGAAGAUGCCUUCCACUGGGUCCACGACAACCUCACGGAGAUCGGCGGCGACGGUGAUCAAGUCGUCGUCGGUGGCAUAUCGGCCGGUGCUCAUCUAACUGCCUCCUUGGUGCUGGCACAGAACCUCGGCACUGACGAAACCUUGUCUAAGCGACCAAAGAUAAAGGGUCAAGUGUUGAUGAUCCCGGCAUUAGUCGCGCAAAACUGUUACGCGAAACAGCUUGCGAAGCUGAAGGCCCCGGAGGUGUCGAGCUAUGUGCAAAAUGAACAUGCCCCGAUCCUGCCAGUGACUCGGGUUGAGUUUUUCAGUGGACUUUUGGGACACCCUGGGGUCGAGACAGACCUGCGAUUGAAUCCGGGAAACGCGACGGCCGAGCAAGUGCAGGGAUUACCGCCGACCACAUUCGGUAUUGCAGGUAGAGACCCCUUGAGGGACGAGGGGCUCUUGUAUGCGAUGUUGCUAAGUGAAAAUGGUGUCCCGACGGAUGUCAAUGUCUUCACUGGUCUGCCGCAUGGGUUCAGAAGACAUGGUACUCUUUCGGAAAGUAAACGAUGGGAUGCAGUGAUGAACCGGGGGAUCAAGUGGGCCUUGAGUGGUCCUGCCGCCACUGGGGCCUUUGUGAUUAAGGAGAAAUGAGAUACACAUAGUCUUGGAUUUUACUUGGGCUCUUUUGGAUACUUCCGUCGGAUUUAAAUACAGGAUUGAAAGUACAAAAAGGACUCAAUGACUACCAUUCACUCUGCUCGCUCCCUCGGCGGUCCGGGUCUUGCUCCAUCCUUCAACCGAUCUGUCCUCGAUGAUUUUUAGCUGAACCUCCUGCGUUCUUUUGAAAUACCCUGCGUGAAUGUGGUCAUCCAUAUGCACAUCUUUAUAGCCUUCCUUUGCUACAGACUUUGGCGUGACCAUCAAUGAAUGACCUGGCAAUGUC